AUGGCGGGAGCAAGUGCGCAAGCGCGCGUUGAGAUGCCUGCCUCGGCUCCGCGCGGUUGCUGGGACCUAGCCGAGGCGCCUGGAGUCCUAGCGGGGGCGGACACUGGCGUCCCGGGCCAUUCGUCCAGAGCAUCCGUGCUGGAGCGGCCCGAGCUGGCACCUGGCCAGCCCGGAGGCUCCUCCUUGGCUCGUCUGGGCGUUCAGAGGUGGGGCUGCCGUAUCCCUGCCGGGCGGGCCCGGUGGGAGGGGCUGAGCGCGGUUUUCGGCAGAUUUCAGGACACGUGUGAGCACCCGGGGCCCGGUUUGGGGAGGAAGGCCCUGGGAAAGCGCGAGGCCUCUUGCAGGCCCACCUUGGAGCGGGCAGCUGAGAUCUCUGAACCUGGCCGUACGCUUCAGCACACCUGGGAAUUGAGCCCCGCGGUGUCCACGACCAUGGCGGCGAACCUUUUGGAGGACUGGUGCCGGGGGAUGGAAGCGGACAUCCACAGGUCCCUGUUGGUCACGGGCAUCCCAGAGGACUGUGGCCAAGCGGAAAUCGAGGAGACCUUGAAUGGGGUCCUCUCCCCGCUGGGCCCGUACUCCGUACUCAACAAGAUUUUUUUGAGGGAAGAAAAUGCCAAAGCUGCCCUCGUUGAGGUUGGGGAGGGUGUGAAUCUGAGGGCCAUACCCCGGGAGUUCCCAGGAAGGGGGGGCAUCUGGAGAGUGGUCUGUAGGGACCCCACCCAGGAUGCUGAGUUCUUAAAAAACCUGAAUGAAUUCCUGUACGCGGAGGAGCCCACCUUGGAGGAUGUGGUGCGCCAGCUUGAACUCAGCAGGGCCUCACCACCCCAGACCCAGAAUCGGUCCCCCGAGAACUGGGCAGAAGCUUUGGGGGUGCUUCUGGGGGCUGUGGUGCAAAUCAUUUACCAUAUGGAUGCCGAAAUACACAGCCAGGAGGAAGCUAGGGCGCAAGAGCUUGCCAAGCCCCGAGUGGUAGCAUCCUUGGCUUCAGCAGCAGGGGGGAAGGUCAAGAAGGAGCCAGGGAGGGCCGCAGAGAGGGGCAGGGGCUCUGCCUUGAAGAUGGAGAACCCGGAUGGCUGGAAUGACAUGGCAGAUGGGGGUGACGGUCCUAAACCUUUGGUUCGAAAGGCUGGAGCUCUGAUUCACUCCAGGAGGAAGAAGCAGAAAAAAACUCCCAAGCAGGAACCAGUGCCCUGGAAGAAAUCCCAAGGCAGCCAUUCCCCCAGCUUGGCCUCCCUGAAGCAUCCUGCAGCUGAUGGUGGUAAAAAUAGGGAGAUGUUAGAACGUGUCAGGAGCAACAAAGAGCCAUGUGUGAAGCAGGAGGGGUCGGCUUUGAAGAAGCCCCCAGUAAAAUGUGCCUGGAAGUUUCCCAGCAACCCACCUCGUGUAGCUGCAAGCCGGGGAGUUGCCUCUGAGUCAGACCAAGAUGGUGUUCUGGAGGGCCCCCCAAAGAAGAACGCCAUGGGCUGGGCCUCGGCAAAGAGCCCUGCCCACAUGAGGAAGAAAAAGAAGGUGAGCUUGGGCCCUGUCUCUUAUGUCCUUGUCGAUUCAGAAGACCCCAGGAAGAAGCCAGAGGUUUCAAAGAAAGGGCCAGGCCUUGGCCGGGAUGCACUGGACCAGAAGGCCCCCGGGGACCCUCAGCCCCAUGAGUCACCAACCUCAGCCUCACAGGGUCCAGAGGCCAAGCCACAAGGCCCUCCUCAUGCCUCCAGUGGUGAGCAUGACAUCAGAAGUCAUUUGGGGUGUGUCAACAAGUGGAUGGAGGGGGAGGAGCAGCAGGGGAAGGCGGGGGCACAGGAACCCAAGGGGGCAGAGGGGCAGAUGGUGGGUGAGGACCCCAGUGCAGUGGAGGAAGCAGGUGAGCCACCAACUGAGGCCUCAGAGGCCGAGAGCCCUGACCCCCCGUCCUAG